AGUGCACGAUGGGACCUGCACAGAACUUUGCCUUGCCCCAAGUGCUACAGCACCAGAACUGCGUACGCUCCGUGCAAAAAGUGAAAAUGCUGUGAAAAGUGACACCGCCCAGCACGGAAACCGCAACGAAAUGGCUACACAGAAACCGGGCGAGUGGGCCAACUCACUGUUGGCCCGGUUCGAGGAGCAGCUUCCUUACCGCACCGGUCCCCAUGGCACACAGGCGCGGCUCAGCAUUGACGAAACGAUGAACUGCUUGAUACAGAUAUCGCGCUACCGCUUUUCGCUCGUUAUUUCCGGCCUGACGAAAAUGUUGCAGCGUGUCAACGAGAUUUUUAUUAUCUUACAGUUUCAACCGCCUGCCUGCCGGGGUCACGAGCCGGAACGGUGCUGCUAUGAUUCGUUGAUCAUCAUCCUCGAAACGCUCGAACGGUGCCUGUCCGGGCAGUCGAAAGAUACGGCACGUUUCGAGGAAGCGAUGAAUGUGAAACUGCUCCUCAGGGAAAUUUGCCAAUUUAUUGAUAUCCAGAAUGAAAACAAUCAAAAUGCCACCUCGCUGAAGGCGCUCGCCUCGAAGGUGCUGUUCGCACUGUCCCAGAACCACUUCGGGGCCGUGUUUAACCGCAUAUCGGCCCGCCUGCAGGAGCUGAGCACGUGCGCGGAGGAGAAUCCCGACUACAGCGACAUCGAGCUGAUCCAGCACAUCGAUCUGGACGUGCACCGGCUGACGAAGCUGCUGACGGAGACGAUACAGAAGUUUAAGUCGCUGAAAAAGUCCGCCCACAUGAUCCUGCUCAGCUCGCUGGAGCGCGCGCUCUGGAACUGGAUCGAGUUUCACCCGAAGGAGUUCGAGGACCUGCAGCGCAACCCGAACGACGAGCUGAGCAAAUGCUGCGAAACGUUCUUCGACAUACUGGACUCGUACUCGGAGAACAAGAAGGCCCGGGCCGCCGUGUGGCCGCUGCAGAUCAUGCUGCUGAUACUGAGCCCGAAGGUGCUGGAGGAGAUUGUGAACGCCGACUCGGGUGCGCCGUGCUCGCCGCGCCACCUGAAGAAGAAACACUUCAUGGAGGGCAUCAAGAAGGGGCUGGGGGCGCACGCGUCCUCCAAGCAGUCGACCGAAUCGGCCGCGAUCGCGUGCGUGAAGCUGUGCAAAGCGUCCACGUACAUCAACAUCAACGACUCGAACAACGUGACGUUCCAGCUGGUGCAGAGCGUGAUAAACGAUCUGAAAGCACUGCUGUUCAACCCGGCGAAACCGUUCUCGCGCGGCCAGGGCUUCAACUUUCAGGACAUCGAUCUGAUGAUCGACUGCUGGGUGUCCUGCUUUCGCAUCAAGCCGCACAACAACGAGGCGCUGAAGGUGUGCCUGAGUCUCAACUCGCCGCCGGCCUACCACUUUGUCAUCGUCAGCUCGCUGCUGAAGAUCGUCACGCAGGCGCGGCUACCCUGGUGGCCCCAGAUCGACCUGGUGUACGCACGGUCGGGCGAGCUGCGAGGCCUCUUCACCGACACGCUGAACAAAGCGACCCAGGGCUACAUCGCCCAUACGCCGCUGCGCAUGAUCACCUCGCUGACGCUCAAAUCGAAGGACGCCCAGAGCCGGCUGACCCGCCCGGACGAGGGGCCAGCGCACAAGGCGCUGCUGCUGCUGAUGGUGCGGCUGAUCCAUGCCGAUCCGAUGCUGCUGCUGAACAGCCUCGGCAAGGCGGGGCACGAGGUGCAAAGCUCGACGCUCGAGCUGAUCAACGGACUCGUCUCGCUCGUGCACCAGCCCACGAUGCCGGACGUGGCGCAGGAGGCAAUGGAAGCGCUGCUCGCCCUGCACUCGCCCGACAAGAUCGAGGUGUGGAAUCCAGAGGCGCCGAUCAACACGUUCUGGGACGUCAGCUCGCAGGUGCUGUUUUCGAUCUCGCAAAAGCUGAUCCAGCACCAGAUCGCCAACUACACGGACGUGCUCAAGUGGCUGCGCGAGAUACUGAUCUGCCGCAACACGUUCCUGCAGCGGCACAAGGAUUACGCGAACGUUGGCAGCCAGAUCGCGAUCUGCCGCCAGGCGCACAUCAAGCUCGAGGUGGUCUUUUUCAUGUACCUGUGGUCGGUCGAUCUGGACGCGGUCAUGGUGUCGCUGUCGUGCUUCGGGCUGCUGUGCGAGGAGGCGGAAAUACGGUCCGGUUCGGACGAGCUUACGGUGGGCUUCAUUCUGCCGAACUAUCACCUCUACCAGGAGCUGUCGCACACCUCGGCCACGCUGACGUCGCCGCAGAAUGCGGAAUCGCGGUACAGCUUCUUCGAGCAUCUGCACGGGCGUGUGACGCUGCAGCGCAACAUCAUGUCGCUGCUGCGCAAGAUCGAACACUGCGUGAACGGCGUGCAGCCGGCGUGGGAGGAAACGUUCCGCAACUGGGAGGUAACGAGCAAGCUGCUCCAGAGCUACCCGAAGGGGAAGCCGGAGGAAGGGCAGGCGGAAGUGUUUCACCGGAGCAUGGGCAAACGGCGCGCGAGCCACCAGAGCUCCGAGCACGAUCUCGAGGAGCAAAUCACCGAGUGGGCCAACAUGACCUGGUUCCUGCUGGCGCUCGGCGGUGUCUGCCUGCAGAAGCCUCGCAACCAGAGACAGGCGACGCAAGGCUACAAUCUGCCGAUCGGAACGGCCGGACCGUCCCUGAUGCAAUCCACCACCUCGCUGUCCAGCUCGAGCUCAGGGCGCGGCUCGAUGCAUCCGAUCAUGGGAUCGCUGGUAUCGUCGAUCGGGCCGGGCAGCAGCCAGGAGGUGCAGUACUGCCCGGUGACCCAGUUCAUUGGCCAGCUGUUGCGGCUGCUCGUGUGCAACAACGAGAAGUUCGGCCCGCAGAUACAGAAGCACGUGAAGGAGCUGGUCGGGCAGGAAAUGUCGGCCCAGCUGUAUCCCAUCCUGUUCGACCAGAUACGCUCGAUCGUGGAAAAGUUCUUCGACCAGCAGGGCCAGGUGGUCGUCACGGACAUCAACACGCAGUUCAUCGAGCACACGAUCUACAUCAUGAAGUCGGUGCUGGACGGGCGGCAAAGCAAGGACCAGAACGACCAGCCGGCGAACGCGGAGCAUCUCGGCGUGACGAGCAUCGAGAAUCUCAUGCUAGCGAUCGUGCGGUACGUGCGCCACCUGGACAUGACCGUGCAUGCGAUCCACAUCAAGACCAAGCUCUGCCAGCUGGUGGAGGUGAUGAUGAAGCGGCGGGACGAUCUCGCCUUCCGGCAGGAGAUGAAGUUCCGCAACAAGCUGGUGGAGUAUCUGACCGACUGGGUGAUGGGCACGUCGCACCAGAUCGCGCCGCCGGGCUCGGGUGACGUGACGAUAAUUACGCGCGAUCUCGACCAGGCGUGCAUGGAGGCGGUGGCGGCCCUGUUGCGCGGAUUGCCCCUCCAGCCGGAGGAAUCCGACCGCGGCGAUCUGAUGGACGCGAAGAGCGCACUGUUUCUGAAGUACUUCACGCUGUUCAUGAACCUGCUGAACGAUUGCGUGGACGGUUCGGAAGCGGACAAAGACACGAACAAUCCGCCACUGUUGCCGCCCCGGCCGAGGGUAGCGGCCGGGAAGCUGACCGCCCUGCGCAACGCCACCAUCCAGGCGAUGUCCAACCUGCUGAGCGCGAACAUCGACUCGGGCCUGAUGCAUUCGAUCGAUCUGAGCUACAACCCCGACCUGCAGACCAGGGCAGCGUUCAUGGAGGUGCUGACGCAGAUCUUGCAGCAGGGCACCGAGUUCGAUACGCUCGCCGAGUCCGUGAUGGCCGACCGGUUCGAGCAGCUCGUGCAGCUCGUGACGAUGAUCAGCGACAAGGGCGAGCUGCCGAUCGCGAUGGCCCUUGCCUCCGUGGUGACCACCUCCCAGAUGGACGAGCUAGCCCGCGUGCUGGUGACACUGUUCGACGCGAAGCAUCUGCUCUCUCCGCUGCUGUGGAACAUGUUCUACCGCGAGGUGGAAGUGUCCGACUGCAUGCAGACCCUGUUCCGGGGGAACUCGCUCGGCAGCAAGAUAAUGGCGUUCUGCUUCAAGAUUUACGGGGCGAGCUAUCUGCAGGGGCUGCUCGAGCCGCUGAUUCGCCCACUGCUGGGCGACGAGCCGACCAGCAGCUUCGAGGUGGACCCGGCCCGGCUCGAACCGACCGAGGACAUUGAGGUGAACCGGAAAAACCUGAUCGCCCUCACGCAGAAGGUGUUCGACGCGAUCGUCAACUCGGCGGACCGGUUCCCGCCGCAGCUCCGCUCGAUGUGCCACUGCCUGUACCAGGUGCUGAGCAAGCGGUUCCCGAACCUGCUGCAGAACAACAUCGGCGCGGUCGGGACGGUGAUCUUUCUGCGCUUCAUCAACCCGGCGAUCGUGUCGCCCCAGGAGCUGGGCAUCGUCGGCAAGCAGGUCCCGACCCAGAUCAAGCGCGGCCUGAUGCUGAUGUCGAAAAUACUGCAAAACAUCGCCAACCACGUGGAGUUCUCGAAGGAGCAGCACAUGCUGUGCUUUAACGAUUUUCUGCGCGCCCACUUCGAGGCGGGCCGGCGCUUCUUCAUACAGAUCGCUUCCGACUGCGAGACGGUCGAUCAGACGUCGCACAGCAUGAGCUUCAUCUCGGACGCGAACGUGCUGGCGCUGCACCGUUUGCUGUGGUCGCACCAGGAGCGCAUCGGCGACUACCUGUCCAGCAGCCGGGACCACAAGGCGGUCGGGCGGCGCCCGUUCGACAAGAUGGCCACGCUGCUCGCGUACCUCGGGCCGCCCGAGCACAAGCCGGUCGACUCGCAUCUGCUCUUCUCGUCCUACGCCCGCUGGAGCUCGAUCGACAUGUCGUCGACCAACUUCGAGGAGAUCAUGGUGAAGCACCAGAUGCACGAGAAGGAGGAGUUCAAGACGCUGAAAUCGAUGAACAUCUUUUACCAGGCCGGCACCAGCAAGGCGGGCAAUCCGGUGUUCUACUACAUCGCGCGCCGCUACAAGAUCGGCGAAACGAACGGCGACCUGCUGAUCUACCACGUGAUCCUAACGCUCAAACCGUUCUGCCACUCGCCAUUCGAGGUGGUGAUCGACUUCACGCACACCUGCUCGGACAACCGCUUCCGGACGGAGUUUCUGCAGAAGUGGUUCUACGUGCUGCCGGAGGUCGCGUACGAGAAUCUGUACGCCGCGUACAUCUACAACUGCAACUCGUGGGUGCGCGAGUACACCAAGUUUCACGAUCGCAUACUGGCCCCGCUCAAGGGCUGCCGGAAGCUGAUCUUUCUCGACUCGCCAGCCAAGCUGAACGACGUGAUCGACCCGGAGCAGCAGAAGCUGCCCGGCGCGACCCUCUCGCUCGACGAAGAUCUGAAAGUGUUCAACAACGCGCUCAAGCUGAGCCACAAGGACACGAAGGUGGCGAUCAAGGUCGGUCCGACCGCGCUCCAGAUUACGUCCGCCGAGAAGACAAAGGUGCUGGCCCACUCGGUGCUGCUGAACGACGUGUACUACGCGUCGGAAAUCGAGGAGGUGUGUCUGGUGGACGACAACCAGUUCACGCUGUCGAUCGCCAACGAAAGCUCGCAGCUCAGCUUCAUCCACAACGACUGCGACAACAUCGUGCAGGCGAUCAUACACAUCCGCAACCGGUGGGAGCUGAGCCAGCCCGACUCGGUCACCGUGCAUCAGAAGAUCCGGCCGAAGGAUGUGCCGGGCACGCUGCUCAACAUGGCCCUGCUGAACCUGGGCUCGUCCGAUCCGAACCUGCGCACGGCCGCGUACAACCAGUUGUGCGCCCUGACCGCGACCUUCGAUCUGAAGAUCGAGGGCCAGCUGCUCGAAACGCAGGGCCUCUGCAUCCCGUCGAACAACACGAUCUUCAUCAAGUCGGUGAGCGAAACGUUGGCAACGAACGAGCCGCACCUGACGCUGGAGUUUCUCGAGGAGUGCAUCCAGGGCUUUCAGCGCAGCACGAUCGAGCUGAAGCAUCUGUGUCUCGAGUACAUGACGCCCUGGCUGGCGAAUCUGGUACGGUUCUGCAAACCGUCCGACGAGGGCAAGCGGCAAAAGCAGGUAGCGCAGAUCCUCGAGAAGCUGAUCAAUCUCACGAUCGAGCAGAAGGAGAUGUAUCCCUCGAUACAGGCCAAAAUCUGGGGCUCGAUCGGCCAGAUACCGGAGCUGAUCGAUAUGGUGCUAGACAACUUCAUCCACAAGUCGGUCAGCUCCGGGCUCGGUUCGCCGCAGGUCGAGAUAAUGGCCGACACGGCGGUCGCGCUCGCCUCCGCCAACGUGCAGCUCGUGGCGAAGAAGGUGAUCGGGCGGCUGUGCCGCGUGAUGGAUAAAACCUGCCACUCGCCGACGCAGUACCUCGAGCAGCACAUGAUGUGGGACGACAUUGCGAUACUCGCGCGCUAUCUGCUGAUGCUGUCGUUCAACAACUGUCUCGACGUGGCCCGCCAUCUGCCGUACCUCUUCCACACGGUGACGUUUCUCGUGUGCACCGGUUCGCUGUCGAUGCGCGCCUCGACCCACGGGCUCGUGAUCAACAUCAUCCACUCGCUGUGUACCUGCACCAAGCCGUCCUUCUCGGAGGAAACCCAGCGCAUGCUGCGCCUGUCGCUGGACGAGUUCUCCCUGCCCAAGUUCUAUCUGCUGUUCGGCAUCAGCAAGGUGAAGUCGGCUGCCGUCACGGCGUUCCGUUCCUCCUGUCGCCAUCCGAACGACCGCUGGUUGGGCAACGAGCGUGUGUCGCAGGCCCCGCCGGCCGAUCGCGAACGUCUGGCGCUGCCCUCGCUCGAGGUGAUCACCGAAGCGCUGCUGGAAAUCAUGGAAGCCUGCAUGCGCGACAUUCCGGACUGCGACUGGCUGCAGACGUGGACGUCGCUAGCGAAAAGCUUCGCCUUCUGCUUCAAUCCCGCCCUGCAGCCCCGGGCACUGAUCGUGUUCGGCUGCAUCUCGAAAAGCGUCACCGAUCAGGACGUGAAGCAGCUGCUGCGCAUCCUGGUGAAAGCGCUGGAAUCGUUCAACGAUAUCAUACUGCUCGAGGCGCUGGUAAUGUGUCUGACCCGGCUGCAACCGCUGCUCCGGCCGGAAUCGCCCAUCCAUCGGGCACUGUUUUGGGUGGCGGUAAGCGUCCUGCAGCUCGACGAAUCGACCCUGUACGCGGCCGGUUUGGCACUGCUCGAGCAGAACCUGCACACGCUCAAUUCGCAACAGCUGUUCGACAACCAGAACAUUGCCGACGUGAUGAUGGCGACGCGGGAACCGCUCGAGUGGCACUUCAAGCAGCUCGACCAUGCCGUCGGCCUGUCGUUCAAGUCGAACUUUCACUUCGCGCUGGUAGGGCAUUUGCUGAAGGGCUUUCGGCACCCGACGCCAACCACCGUGUCGCGCACGUCUCGCGUACUGACGAUGCUACUCGGGAUCGUUGCGAAACCGCACCGGCGGGACAAGUUCGAGGUAACGCCGGACAGUGUCGCCUAUCUGACCGCGCUCGUUUGCUUCUCGGAGGAGGUACGCUCACGUUGCCACGUCAAACACACCGUACCGCGAUGGCCCGUAGAGUCGGGCGGUUCGGGCGAUUCGGCCAGUGGUAGUAGUAGUGAUCCGUCGGCACCAAACUCGGCCGGCGGUGGCCCACUAACGGGUGGAUCGGGUCCGGGCGGCUCCAGCGGCUCCGGUGGCCAUAGUGUGCGCCGUCAAAAGUCUUGGGAUAUGUUGGACCAGUCCGCUAUCCAGUACGCACGCCAGUCGCACAAAGUACAGCAGCACCAGGAACCGGUCGUUAUCAGAGGAAAGUCGUGGAGAAGUCUCGAUUCGGCACACAAUCCGCACCUGGGAAUGAUCAGUCAUUCCUCUUUCGUUACUCACGGUAUCAACACCACUACCAACAACAUCAACAACAUGAUCACCAUGAUCAACAUGAACAGCAACACUUCAAACUCCACCACUCCAGGCAUGCCUAACCUCAACAACAACAACAGCUCCAUCCUUACUAACAUCAUCAGCAGCAACAACAACAACACUACUAACACCACUUCCACGGCCGGUAGUUUCGCUAGUGCUGUCGCCACUAACGCUAACGUCGUCGCUGGCCCGCUAGGCGUCGGUGCGUACCAAAGCCAGCGGAACGAUUUUCGGAACCGCCGUUCCUCGUCCGAACCGGUCAACCAUGGGCAGAUGGUACUGAUGAACCCGAACAUUGCCAAACUGAUUGCGCUCAAUCAGGGCCACACGCCCACCUACGGCUAUGGAGGUGGUGGAGGUGUCGGUGUCCACCAGCAGCCGAGCCAGGUCGCCAUCGCUGCUGCAGUAACGGCGGCCGCGGCAGCCGCAGCGACGGCGGGUGCGGCCGCCGCUACUGGCACACAGUUACCACGGCCAACAUCUCCACUGCCGCCGGCAGUUCCGACCGUACCGGUGACCACGGACGAAGAAGGCUCCGAGCAGGCGCGGGACGCGACAAAGCAAGGGACAAACAAGGACGAAAGCGAAAACUUUAUCGUCGACUGCUUGCAAGACAUAUCAUCGAUCAAAGAACGUGGCUCGCGGUCGUCGGUGUCGAACGAGUCGAACGUGCUGCUCGAUCCGGAAGUGCUGCCCGACUCCUCGACCCAGGCGCUGGUGCUGACCGUGCUGGCAACGCUCGUCAAGUACACGACGGACGAGGCAGAGACGCGCGUCCUCUACCAAUACCUUGCGGAAGGAUCGAUCGUAUUUCCGAAGGUUUUCCCGGUGAUUCAUUCACUGCUAGAUCAGAAGGUCAACAAUGUCCUGUCGGUGUCGAACGAUCAGAUCGUGCUGGCAUCGGUGCAGAGCAUCAUACAGAACAUGCUGGCGAGCGAAGACGCUAGCCAGCAGCCGCUUCACUUCCUGCAGAGCUGCGGUUUCGGAGGGCUGUGGCGCUUUGCCGGACCAUUUACUAAGUACAACAUGAUGGUGGAGUCGUCCGAGCUGUUCGUCAACUUCCUGGAGGCGAUGGUGGAAACGUGUCUGCCGGUGGAGGAAAGCACCCCAAUGCCACCGUCCCCGCGGCCGUACAAUCUCAGCUCCAGCCUGAGCAGCCUCACGCUCGGCUCGCCGACGGAUAAAGCAUUCUCAUCAGAAUCUCUAGAUCACGAUGGGUUCAGUGGCAGCGUUAGCUCGUUGCGGCGUGCCUCCUGCAGCAAGGCGCGGACCGGCUCGAAGCACCGCUUCAUCGACAGUCCGACGCACAAUAUCUAGUCAGAGAUCUGGUGGAGCGCCGGCCGGAUACUGCCUUCGAUUGUGGCCGCAGCAGUGAGCCGUGCUGGAGCAUCCACCAUCACCACCAUCACCACCACGAACACCACCGAUGAUACUGCUGAUUCCCGGCGAUCGCCUACUACGACUCAGCGACCGAUGAUCACGAACGAACAGCGGCCCUAAAUCCAUCAACCGAUACCGCGGUGUUUGACAAUUGAUUCGAAAGGUUAUCAUGGCAACAGAGAAACUAACUACGCUGUGCAACGAUUUUACAUCAGUGUGCGCGCGUGUCUGUGUGUGUAUCUGUGUUUGUGUGUACCCAUUUGUGUGUUUGUGAAUGCAGAGGGAGGUCUAUUAGUGAUGGGGGGCAAAUUGAUUUUUUUCCCGAGUCGGAUUGAUACGAUUUCGGUUGACUUCGGGUGAUUCCGGUUGAGUCCGGACGACUCCGGACAAGUUCAUUUUACAAUGCAAAUCUAAACAAACAAAAGUUAGGCGGCGCAAGUCGCAAUUACGGAUGGUUAUGAUCACCAUGUUAUGAGUUGAUGAA